GGCGGGGGGCUCGGGCGGGUCCCUCCUCCCCGGCGCCCGGGGCCUCGCGGGGGGCGGGAGGGGACUGUCCCAUAUAAGCCCCGGCGCUCUGGGCUCGGCCGCCCGCGCCCGCUGUGCUGUACAGGGGGAGGAGAGGGAGCCCCAGGCGCGAGCGGGAAGCGGGGACCUGCAGCCACAACUUCUGUCGUCUUCUCCAUCCCCUCUGUCCCUCUACCCGUCCCCUUCCCCACCCUCUGGCCCCCACCUUCGAGGAGGCGUCAACCCCCGGGAGGCAUUGCAAGGGACUUUUCCCGCAGGUUGCGAAGGGAACCAAACUUGGUGGCAACUUGCUUCCUGGUGAGGGCGUCUCUCCCCCCACCGUCUCAAGAUGCUCAGGGGUCCGGGACCCGGGCUGCUGCUGCUGGCCGUCCUGUGCCUGGGGACAGCGGUGCCCUCCGCUGGAGCCUCGAAGAGCAAGAGGCAGGCUCAGCAGAUCGUUGAGCCCCAGGUCCCAGUGGCUGUCAGUCAAAGCAAGCCUGGUUGUUAUGACAAUGGGAAACACUAUCAGAUAAAUCAACAAUGGGAACGCACCUACCUAGGCAAUGCCUUGGUUUGUACCUGUUAUGGAGGGAGCAGAGGUUUUAACUGCGAGAGCAAACCUGAACCUGAAGAGACUUGCUUUGACAAGUACACCGGAAACACUUACCGAGUGGGUGACACUUAUGAGCGCCCUAAAGACUCCAUGAUCUGGGACUGUACCUGCAUUGGGGCUGGGCGAGGGAGAAUAAGCUGCACCAUUGCAAACCGCUGCCAUGAAGGAGGUCAGUCCUACAAGAUCGGUGACACCUGGAGGAGACCACAUGAGACUGGUGGUUACAUGUUGGAGUGUGUGUGCCUUGGUAAUGGAAAAGGAGAGUGGACCUGCAAGCCCAUAGCUGAGAAGUGUUUCGAUCAUGCUGCUGGGACUUCCUACGUUGUUGGGGAAACCUGGGAGAAGCCUUAUCAAGGCUGGAUGAUGGUGGAUUGCACUUGCCUGGGAGAAGGCAGCGGACGCAUCACUUGUACCUCUAGAAACAGAUGUAACGAUCAGGACACGAGGACAUCCUACAGAAUUGGAGACACCUGGAGCAAGAAGGAUAACCGAGGAAACCUGCUCCAGUGCAUCUGCACGGGCAACGGCAGAGGGGAGUGGAAGUGCGAGCGGCACGCCUCUCUGCAGACCACGGCCACCGGGGGAGAAAAACUAGGUAUAGCUCGAAGAGAUAAAACUGAGAUUUAUGUUUCGUAUGUUGCCCUUGGUCCCCCCCGCCAAGUCCGUCUUUCAAAUAUGUCCAUCCUUCAGGUGGUGCGCAUUGCACUCCUUUCUACCCGUGAUCGUUUAUCAAGCGCACUUCUCUUCUGUCUCCAUACAGCCCACGAGGAAAUCUGCACAACCAACGAAGGGGUCAUGUAUCGCAUUGGAGAUCAGUGGGAUAAACAGCAUGACAUGGGCCACAUGAUGAGGUGCACAUGUGUUGGGAAUGGUCGUGGGGAGUGGACGUGUGUUGCCUACUCCCAGCUCCGAGAUCAGUGCAUUGUUGACGACAUCACUUACAACGUGAACGACACGUUCCACAAGCGUCACGAAGAGGGACACAUGCUGAACUGCACAUGCUUCGGUCAGGGUCGGGGCAGAUGGAAGUGCGAUCCCGUCGACCAAUGCCAGGAUUCAGAGACCCGGACGUUUUAUCAAAUUGGAGACUCGUGGGAGAAGUAUGUGCAUGGAGUCAGAUACCAGUGCUACUGCUAUGGCCGUGGCAUUGGGGAGUGGCAUUGCCAGCCUUUGCAGACCUAUCCAGGCACAACUGGUCCUGUCCAAGUAAUUAUCACUGAGACCCCCAGUCAGCCCAACUCUCACCCCAUCCAGUGGAAUGCACCGGAACCAUCUCACAUUACCAAGUACAUUCUAAGGUGGAGACCCAAAAAUUCUGUAGGUGGUUGGAAGGAAGCCACCAUUCCAGGCCACUUAAACUCCUACACCAUCAAAGGCCUGAAGCCAGGUAUGAUCUAUGAGGGGCAGCUGAUCAGCAUCCAGCAGUACGGCCACAAAGAAGUGACCCGCUUUGACUUCACCACCACCAGCACACCCGUGACCAGCAACACCGUGACAGGAGAGACAACUCCCCUUUCUCCCUUUGUGGCCACUUCUGAAUCUGUGACCGAAAUCACAGCCAGCAGCUUUGUGGUCUCGUGGGUCUCAGCUUCCGACACCGUGUCAGGAUUCCGGGUGGAAUAUGAGCUGAGUGAGGAGGGAGAUGAACCACAGUACCUCGAUCUUCCAAGCACAGCCACUUCUGUGAACAUCCCUGACCUGCUUCCUGGCCGAAAAUACAUUGUAAAUGUCUAUCAGAUAUCCCAAGAAGGGGAGCAGAGUUUGAUCCUGUCGACUUCCCAGACAACAGCACCCGACGCUCCUCCUGACCCUACCGUGGACCAAGUUGAUGACACCUCGAUUGUUGUUCGCUGGAGCAAGCCCCAGGCCCCCAUCACAGGAUAUAGAAUCGUCUAUUCACCGUCAGUAGAAGGCAGCAGCACAGAACUCAACCUUCCCGAAACCGCCAGCUCCGUUACGCUCAGUGACUUGCAACCUGGCGUUCAGUAUAACAUCACUAUCUAUGCUGUAGAAGAAAAUCAAGAAAGUACUCCAGUUUUCAUCCAGCAGGAAACCACUGGCGUCCCACGUGCAGAUAAAGUGCCCCCUCCCAGGGACCUGCAGUUUGUGGAAGUGACGGAUGUGAAGGUCACCAUCAUGUGGACACCCCCAGAGAGUGCGGUGACUGGCUAUCGUGUGGAUGUGAUCCCCGUCAACCUGCCUGGGGAGCACGGGCAGAGGCUGCCCGUCAGCAGGAACACCUUUGCGGAAGUCACCGGGCUGUCCCCCGGGGUCACCUACUACUUCAAAGUCUUUGCCGUGAACCAGGGGAGGGAGAGCAAGCCUCUGACUGCGGAACAGACAACCAAACUGGAUGCUCCCAGUAACCUCCAGUUUAUCAAUGAAACGGACACUAGUGUCCUGGUGAUAUGGACUCCUCCUCGGGCCCGGAUAGCAGGGUACCAACUGACCGUGGGCCCUACCCGAGGAGGCCAUCCCAAGCAAUACAAUGUGGGACCCUCUGCUUCGAAGUACCCAGUGAGGAACCUGCAGCCCGCGUCUGAGUACACCGUGACCCUCGUCGCUGUAAAGGGCAACCAACAGAGCCCCAAAAUCACUGGAGUCUUCACCACUCUGCAGCCUCAGAGCUCCAUCCCUCCUUACAACACCGAGGUGACUGAGACAACCAUUGUGAUCACAUGGACCCCUGCUCCAAGGAUUGGUUUUAAGCUGGGUGUACGACCAAGCCAGGGAGGGGAAGCACCGAGAGAAGUGACUUCAGACUCGGGAAGCAUCGUUGUGUCUGGCUUGACUCCAGGCGUGGAAUAUGUCUACACCAUCCAAGUCCUGAGAGACGGGCAAGAAAGAGAGCCACCAAUUGUAAACAGAGUGGUCACACCAUUGUCUCCACCAACAAACUUGCACCUGGAUGCAAACCCUGACACUGGAGUGCUUACGGUUUCCUGGGAGAGGAGCACCACCCCAGACAUUACUGGCUAUAGAAUUACCACAACCCCUACAAACGGUCAGCAGGGAUAUUCGUUGGAAGAAGUGGUCCACGCCGAUCAGAAUUCCUGCACUUUUGAAAACCUGAGUCCUGGCCUGGAGUACAAUGUCAGUGUUUACACUGUCAAAGAUGACAAGGAAAGUGUCCCUAUCUCUGAUACCAUCAUCCCAGAGGUGCCCCAACUCACUGACCUAAGCUUUGUUGAUAUAACUGAUUCAAGCAUCGGCCUGAGGUGGACCCCGCUAAACUCUUCCACCAUUAUUGGGUACCGCAUCACAGUAGUUGCGGCAGGAGAAGGUAUCCCUAUUUUUGAAGAUUUUGUGGACUCCUCAGUAGGAUACUACACAGUCACAGGGCUGGAGCCGGGCAUUGACUAUGAUAUCAGCGUUAUCACUCUCAUUAAUGGCGGAGAGAGUGCCCCUACUACACUGACACAGCAAACGGCUGUCCCUCCUCCCACUGAUCUGCGAUUCACCAACAUUGGUCCAGACACUAUGCGGAUCACCUGGGCCCCACCCCCAUCCAUUGAUUUGACCAACUUCCUGGUGCGCUACUCGCCUGUGAAAAAUGAGGAAGAUGUUGCGGAGUUGUCAAUUUCUCCUUCGGACAAUGCGGUGGUCUUAACAAAUCUCCUGCCUGGUACAGAAUAUUUGAUCAGUGUCUCCAGUGUCUAUGAACAACACGAGAGCAUUCCUCUUAGAGGAAGACAGAAAACAGGUCUUGAUUCCCCAACUGGCAUUGACUUUUCUGAUAUCACUCCCAACUCUUUCACUGUCCACUGGAUGGCUCCUCGCGCCACCAUCUCUGGCUACGAGAUCCGCCAUCAUCCUGAGCACCUUAGUGGAAGACCUCGAAAAGAUCGAGUGCCCCCCUCCCGGAAUUCCAUCACCCUCACCAACCUCAUUCCAGGCACAGAGUAUGUGGUCAGCAUCGUUGCUCUUAAUGGCAGAGAGGAGAGUCCCCCCUUGGUUGGCCAACAGUCAACAGUUUCUGAUGUUCCAAGGGACCUGGAAGUGGUUGCCGCGACCCCCACCAGCCUACUAAUCAGCUGGGAUGCCCCUGCUGUCACCGUGAGAUAUUACAGGAUCACCUAUGGGGAAACAGGAGGAAAUAGCCCUGUCCAGGAGUUCACUGUGCCUGGGAGCAAGUCUACAGCUACCAUCUCCGGCCUUAAACCUGGAGUAGAUUAUACCAUCACUGUGUAUGCUGUCACUGGCCGUGGGGACAGCCCAGCGAGCAGCAAGCCAAUUUCCAUUGAUUACCGAACAGAAAUUGACAAACCAUCCCAGAUGCAAGUGACUGAUGUUCAGGACAACAGCAUUAGUGUCAGAUGGCUGCCUUCAAGCUCCCCUGUUACCGGUUACAGAGUGACCACCACUCCCAAAAAUGGCCCAGGACCAUCAAAAACUAAAACUGCAGGUCCAGAUCAAACAGAAAUGACCAUCGAAGGCUUGCAGCCCACAGUGGAGUAUGUGGUCAGUGUCUAUGCUCAGAAUCGAAAUGGAGAGAGUCAGCCUCUGGUUCAGACUGCAGUAACUAACAUUGAUCGCCCUAAAGGACUGGCAUUCACUGAUGUGGAUGUCGAUUCCAUCAAAAUUGCUUGGGAAAGCCCACAGGGGCAAGUUUCCAGGUACAGGGUGACCUACUCAAGCCCUGAGGAUGGAAUCCAUGAGCUAUUCCCUGCACCUGAUGGUGAAGAAGACACUGCAGAGCUGCAAGGCCUCAGGCCGGGUUCUGAGUACACAGUCAGUGUGGUUGCCUUGCACGAUGAUAUGGAGAGCCAGCCCCUGAUUGGAACCCAGUCCACAGCUAUUCCUGCACCAACCAACCUGAAGUUCACUCAGGUUACACCAACAAGCCUGAGCGCCCAGUGGACACCACCCAAUGUUCAGCUCACCGGAUAUCGAGUACGGGUGACCCCCAAGGAGAAGACUGGACCAAUGAAAGAAAUCAACCUUGCUCCCGACAGCUCAUCUGUGGUUGUAUCAGGACUCAUGGUGGCCACCAAAUAUGAAGUGAGUAUCUAUGCUCUUAAGGACACUUUGACAAGCAGACCAGCUCAGGGAGUUGUCACCACUCUGGAGAACGUCAGCCCUCCAAGAAGGGCCCGUGUGACAGAUGCUACUGAGACCACCAUCACCAUUAGCUGGCGAACCAAGACUGAGACGAUCACUGGCUUCCAAGUUGAUGCCAUACCAGCCAAUGGCCAGCCUCCAAUCCAGAGAACCAUCAAGCCAGAUGUCAGAAGCUACACCAUCACAGGUUUGCAGCCAGGCACCGACUACAAGAUCUAUCUGUACACCCUGAAUGACAAUGCCCGGAGCUCCCCGGUGGUCAUCGACGCCUCCACUGCCAUUGAUGCACCAUCCAACCUGCGUUUCCUGGCCACCACACCCAACUCCUUGCUGGUAUCAUGGCAGCCACCCCGAGCCAAGAUUACUGGCUACAUCAUCAAGUCUGAGAAGCCUGGGUCCCCUCCCAGAGAAGUGGUCCCUCGGCCCCGCCCUGGUGUCACAGAGGCGACUAUUACUGGCUUGGAACCAGGAACCGAGUACACAAUCUACAUCAUUGCCCUGAAAAAUAAUCAGAAGAGUGAGCCUCUGAUCGGGAGGAAAAAGACAGAUGAGCUUCCCCAACUGGUAACCCUUCCACACCCCAAUCUUCACGGACCAGAGAUCUUGGAUGUUCCUUCCACAGUUCAAAAGACCCCUUUCAUCACCAACCCUGGGUAUGACACUGGAAACGGUAUUCAGCUUCCUGGCACUUCCGGUCAGCAACCCAGUGUUGGGCAACAAAUGAUCUUUGAGGAACAUGGUUUUAGGCGGACCACACCACCCACAACGGCCACCCCCGUAAGGCAUAGGCCAAGACCAUACCCGCCGAAUGUAGAUGAGGAGAUCCAAAUUGGCCACGUCCCCAGGGGAGAUGUAGACCAUCACCUCUACCCUCACGUUCUGGGACUCAAUCCAAAUGCCUCUACAGGACAAGAAGCUCUCUCUCAGACAACCAUCUCUUGGACCCCAUUCCAAGAAAGUUCUGAGUACAUCAUUUCAUGUCAUCCUGUUGGCAUUGAUGAAGAACCCUUACAGUUCCGAGUUCCUGGAACUUCUACCAGUGCCACUCUGACAGGCCUUACCAGAGGGGCCACCUACAACAUCAUAGUGGAGGCGCUAAAAGACCAAAAGAGGCACAAGGUUCGGGAGGAGGUUGUUACCGUGGGUAACUCUGUCAAUGAAGGCCUGAACCAACCUACGGAUGACUCCUGCUUCGACCCCUACACUGUUUCCCACUAUGCCAUUGGAGAGGAGUGGGAGCGAUUGUCUGAAUCUGGCUUUAAACUCUCGUGCCAGUGCUUAGGCUUUGGAAGUGGUCAUUUCAGAUGUGACUCAUCUAAAUGGUGCCAUGACAAUGGCGUGAACUACAAGAUUGGAGAGAAGUGGGAUCGGCAGGGAGAAAAUGGCCAGAUGAUGAGCUGCACGUGUCUUGGGAACGGAAAAGGAGAAUUCAAGUGUGAUCCUCAUGAGGCAACCUGUUACGAUGAUGGGAAGACAUACCAUGUAGGAGAACAGUGGCAGAAGGAGUAUCUCGGUGCCAUUUGCUCCUGCACGUGCUUCGGAGGCCAGCGGGGCUGGCGCUGCGACAACUGCCGCAGACCUGGGGCCGAACCCGAAGGCUCCACUGGACACUCCUACAACCAGUAUUCUCAGAGAUACCAUCAGAGAACAAACACUAAUGUUAAUUGUCCAAUCGAGUGCUUCAUGCCUUUAGAUGUACAGGCUGACAGAGACGAUUCCAGAGAGUAAAUAUUUCCAACCCAGAGAAGCAAGCAUGUCUCUCCGCCAAAGUCCAUCCAGACUGGAGUGAUGUUAGCAGACCCAUCUUGAAGAGCUUGUUUCUUUCUUAAGCCCUUUGCUCUGGAGUAAGUUCUCCAGCUUCAGCUCAACUCACAGCUUCUCAAGCAUCACCCUGGGAGUGUUCUGAGACUCUUCUCAUAAAUGAAGGCAUUAUGUUGCCUGUUCUGCUUCAAAGUAGUCAAUACCGCUCAGUAUUUUAAAUGAAAUGAUUCUAACUUGUGAUUUGGUUUGGGAUCAAUAAGGAAGCAUAUGCAGCCAACCAGGAUGCAAAAUGUAUUGAAAUGACAUGACCAAAAUUUUAAGUAGGAAAGUUACCCAAACACUUCUGCUUUCACUUAACUGCCUGGCCCACAAUACUGUAGGAACGGCAUGUCCUUGUUACUGUGAUAUUUAAAAUAUCUACAGUACUCACUUUUUCCAAAUGAUUCUAGUAAUUGCCUAGAGAUAUCUUUCUCUUAUCUGUUAUUUAUCAAUUUUUCCCAGUAUUUUUAUAUGGAAAAAAUUGUAUUGAAGACACUUAGUAUGCAGUUGAUAAGAGGAAUUUGGUAUAAUUGUGGUUGGUGAUUAUUUUUUAUACUGUAUGUGCCAAAGCUUUACUACUGUGGAAAGACAACUGUUUUAAUAAAAGAUUUACAUUCCACAA